GAGAAACGCGACGCGAAUCGUACUGCAUCUUCCUGCCCAUUAAUAAGAUCUAUUUCAUAUUUUAUAAAACCUAGCACGAGUCCGCAUAAUAUGGAUGAAGCAGGCGUGAGAUCUCGUCGCGGAUCUGCUGGAUCGAAUUCUCCCGAGCCAUCGGCUAGGGUAUCCGUGACUGAGAAAUAUGCUGCAUCAGCUGCCAUUCCCUCCGCAAACAUACCGACCGAUACUGGCCGUCGCCCAUCUGCCUCAGCACUUGUCAAUCGGGUCCGUCGCGCAUCCCUUGCCGCCCGUCCCGACACUUUUAUGACGGUCAUACACUCUGCCACACUCAUGAAUGCAGCUACAAAUGAAGAAACAGCCAUAUCAAAAGCGGUGUUCUAUGAUCGUAUGCUGGAAACCCUGGAUAGCGGGAUGGACGAAGGAAGGGCUCUGGCUGAAGCUGUUCGAGCUGCGAAAGAAGUCGCGAGCAAAAAGAAGGCAGGUGGUGGACCAGAUGCAAACCCUACGAGUGCAUCUCUUCUAUCGGCUCCUCCGCAACGGACAGUACCGACGACAGAAGCACCUAUCCCAGUAACUGGUGAAAAAACUGAGAAUUUAGACAGCCCGUCGGCAGUCUCUAAUGACGACAAUGUCCCUGAUCCCGGCAAUGUGUCACCGGGCGGCUCUCAGCCGGCUACGCCAGCCCCUUCUCGUCCAGCAACUCCUUCUGCGGGCAGUCGAAAGUUAAAAGGCCUCUUCAACACCAUUAUUAAGCCAUCCCUCGAAAAGCAAUCGCGAGACCCCACGCCUACUUCAACAUCACAGGGGGUAUCAAUCGCCAAACUUCGAAUGAUUCACAGGAGAUUAAUGCUCAGUGUCGACGAAUACGAUGCCAUUACAUUUGGCGAAGCCUUUGACCGCGAAAAGUCAAUGUUGGAGUCCUCCCGGGCGGCUGUCCAGAAAGCAAAAGACGAGACGCGUCGAGCGAUCAUUGAAGAAUACGAAAAGCGUAUUAAGCAUGACAACUGCAAUGCAAAGAUAUCGGUACUUGAGCGAGAGAACCAUAUUAUGAAAGAUGAAACAGCGCGAACUAUGGGAGUAAAUCGAGAGCUGACGCAAGAAAUCACCGCUCUCCGCCUGUUCAAGUCUACUGCUGAAACUGAACAAGCGCUAAUGGUUGACGAGCUGGCCAGACGUCGGCUGCAAACCCGAGCGAUACGAAAAAGGCUCAAGAAAGCAUUGCAACGUAUUCAUGAGUUGGAUGAGCAAUUGCAGGCAUCAACUGAGGGUGCUAAUUCCACCAUAAAGGGCAAAAACCAACGAAAAGCGUCGUCAACAGCGGCAUCGAGAAAAACCAAGCAUGGCUCGUCAGAAAGCACUGAAUAUGAGUUAGAAAUAAAAAGUGCCGAGGAAGCGACAACGGACGAUGACAAAAUCAUCGACGCCGAGUGGGAAGAAUGGUGUCGUACUACGCAUUUCACACAGCCCAAGUGGAACCAGUCAACGUCUACGAAAGCUCUCUCCGGAGAUGCCCCUCCAUCUGUCAUCCACACUGGGGAUGGUUUACUAAAUUCGACUGACGACGAAAGGGCAUCGAGUCCGACAAGAGAUACCCAUCAAGCGAACGAUACACAGAAAAGGAGACGAAAGAGAAGACGACAGCUCGCAGAACAUAGGCGACAAGCUGAACUUUUCACUCGGCUGACAGAUGUUCUGGAGGAAUGCUUUACUGGAAAGCAAGAAGAAAGAGACGAUGCAGUCCUUGCGACAGAGAGUGUCUUAGAUGGCUCGACAAGUGCUGGCAUGGACAGAACCCUCAUCAACCGCCUUGCGUCUCACGAAUCGCUGAUACGUCAGCUUCUAUCAGGGCUUAGAUCCUACAUGUCACCAAUAGUGUGGACCUCGAGCGGAGACGACACUGAUGGCCACAUGUCAAUUUCUGAUUCUGCUGAGACAUCGGGCUCUGAGAAGCUGUCGCGGUCGGCGUCUCAGCGGAGAACCCCUCGCAACUCUGCGAACCCUGUAUCACGCCCACGUACCCCUCGUACAGGGUCGACAUCUCCUAUGACGGGAGUCGGGGCGGGGGUAUGUGAGCGGGAGGCGUCAAAAAGACCAGCGGAUUUUGGUCGGCCUGCGAAGAUACAAGACAUAAUUCGUGAGGUGGAGACAAAGGCAGCUCACGCAGCCAAAGCCGUGGGUUUGAUGUCUGCUCAAAUAUCCAACAAGCACGAACCCAGCGCCUUGCUUGAUCGCACCAGUUCCGUGCCACCACCGUCACAUGGUGAGCGAGCUGCAGGUUUUGGAGAUGUUCGUCAGUGGCUGCUAAGGGCUAGUUCACGACCUAAAAGCGCACCAACAAGCAGACAUGGUGUGCCAGGUGGAGCCUUCGCGCAAGGAAAUUUGCGGAAUGGAAGCUGGGAGGAUGAGUGGGAUGAAGCAGAUGUAACGGAAGGCCAAUGUCCUACAGGCAAGUCGGAAACAGAUGAACCAAAGGGUAUGGUAGGUGCGGUUGGCAUAUCAGACAAGGACGACAAAGCUGGCGCUUCAAACAUGACUGCCAUUGGUAGGAAUGUAACACCUAAGCCAGCGUGGGACGAUGUGCCAGAUAACCGAACCAGACCAGCUUCUGCAUUCACAUCCUCGGCGUCUCCCGGAAAACAUAGGCCAGUAGAAGACGAUUGUCGGAAACGCCAUGUACGUCCAAUGUCCGCACCGGUGCGCUCUCAUGCAGGGGGCAUGGCUGGUGGGCUGUUGGUGGGCCGAGCACACCCCAGACCAAAGGUGUCGCGACCAAAUACUUUCAACGUAACGGUCAACGGGAGGCACAUAGGCUAGUCUGAACACCAGUAUUUGUCUUAACUUUACGGUUUUAGUCUGGCAAUAUAUUUCAUCUGCUG